AUGUCGACUGCCUUCUCCACUGGUUUGUCCAACGUACUCCCCGCCCCACGAUUCAACGACGACGACGACGACGACGACCACUCCCAGCAAUCCCACCACACUCUCUCCAAACGCUUCUCUGCUCCUCCUUAUCUCCACCGCCACUCCUGGAAACCCAGCACUCCCCAGGACUUUGCUGAUGGCGGUGCCUACCCCGAAUGCCACACCGCCCAGUAUCCCCUUGAUCUCGGCCGCAAGAAGGCAAAGAGUUCCAAAACCCUCUCUCUCACUGUCGAUGGCUCUGGUCAGGUGAAAUACGACGCAAUUGCCAAGCAGAACCGUGGUGAGCACGCUCAUCUCAUCCAGUCGUCCUUCCAAGACGUUCUCCCUCUCUCCAAGCGCUCGGAUGGUGCUUCUACGGACCUCGACCGUCCCUCGGAAUCCGCCGUCGCUGACACAACACAAAAGACCAAAGAAGCCCUUGAGAAGAUUGUCGGUAACAAAAUCAAAGCUGCUCACAGCAAAGAUGUAGGUGGAAAAGCGAAUGCGGCUCAGUAUGUCCGCUACACUCCCAACGAAGGUACGCAGCGUGUGGUACAAAUUCGAGACGCUGUCGAAGAUCCACUCGAACCACCCCGCUUCAAACACAAAAAAGUUCCAAGAGGCCCUCCUUCUCCACCCCCACCUAUUCUCCGCUCGCCCCCUCGCAAAGCCACCGCUGCCGAGCAGAAAGAGUGGAUGAUCCCUCCCUGUAUCUCCAACUGGAAGAACAACAAAGGUUAUACUAUCCCCCUCGAUAAGCGUCUCGCAGCGGAUGGGCGUGGAUUGCAGGAUGUUCAAAUCAACGAUAACUUUGCCAAGUUCUCAGAAGCACUCUUUAUAGGCGAGAGACAUGCUCGCGAUGAAGUCCGCCAGCGUAACGUCAUGCAGCAGCGUCUCGCCGAGAAAGAGAAACUCGGCAAGGAAGAAUCACUACGUCAGCUUGCGCAGAAAGCGCGCGAGGAGCGUAGUGCUGGUGUUGGUGGUGGUGGUAGAUCGUCUAUGCCCAACCUCGCUGCUUACGGUAGCGACUCGGAUGCUUCAGCGUCGGCAUCCGGCUCCGACUCCGAUGGCGACGAUGGCGACAACGACAAAGUUCGCGAUGACCACGCUCUCCGUCAACGCGAGCAGAUGAGAAGAGAAAAACGCACCGAACGCGAACGCGAAAUGCGUAUUAGCCACAUGGGGCACGAGCAGCGCGCAAAACAAAUGGCACGUGAGCAAAAUAGAGACGUCAGCGAGAAAGUUGCCCUAGGUCUAGCCAAACCUUCCAUGUCCAAAGAGGCCAUGUUUGAUAGUCGUCUCUAUAACAAAGAAUCUCUUAAUCCUUCAUUCGGCGAUGAUGAGGCUUAUAAUCUCUAUGAUAAACCCCUCUUUCACGGUAGUAGCGCUGCUGCUGCAAUUUACAAGCACAGAAAUCAGGAUGGUGACGAUGAAAUCGUCGGCGGUGGUACUGAGGAUGGCGUAAAUAAAGCACUCGAUAAUGAUAGAUUUGGUUUAGGUGCAACUACUAAAGGUUUCGAGGGCGCUGAUUUGCAACAAUCUCGUGAAGGUCCUGUCGAAUUUGAAAAGGACGUCGACCCAUUCGGUGUUGAUCAAUUCCUCAACGAGGCCAUCCAAGGUAACAACGAAAGCAGUAAGAGAGGUCUCGAUGAAGCUCCCGCUGACUCUCGCAAGCGUCAGAAAGCUAGAGACGACCAUCUUUAA